UCCUCGAGCACGCGCUGCACUCCCUACAGGUGGGCGCGAGCGGUGUGUUGCGUGCCCCUCAGGAUGGUGUGAUUAGCAUUUUAGCUUCAUCUCCCUCAGCGGUUUGUUUCAGUCCACUCGAGAUUUGUCUUCAUAUUUUACUUCUUAUUUAAAGACUCCGUUGACGACCAUGAGGUUUGCUGUCACAUAGAAGGAUAUUACGCGAGUUUUUUGUUUUUCCUUUUUAUUUUUUAUUUUAUUUGUUUUUUUUUUGUGAGGAAAAUAAAUCCACCACACAGCUCUCCUCACGCGGGAGCUGUCCUUCUGUAAACGCGCAAACUGUAAAAAAAUCAGUCAUGUCUUUAUUCGGUAAAAUCUUUCGUCUUCCGACUGAUAAGAAGAAAGUGAAGCAGUACCAGCACGUCCAUCGGAACGUCAACCCGGCGGAUGUGUGGGACCUUGUGGGGGAGCUGGGCGAUGGAGCUUUCGGAAAAGUUUAUAAGGCCCGGAACAAAGACACGGGUGUCCUGGCUGCUGCCAAAGUGAUCGAGACAAAGAGCGAGGAGGAGCUGGAGGAUUACAUAGUGGAGAUCGAAAUCUUGGCUACGUGCAACCAUCACUACAUCGUCAAACUGCUCGAUGCAUUCUACUACGAUCAGAAGCUAUGGAUCAUGAUCGAGUUUUGUCCUGGAGGAGCUGUAGAUGCCAUCAUGUUGGAUUUGGACCGUGGUUUGACAGAGAAACAGAUUCAGGUGAUCUGUAAACAGAUGCUGGAGGCUUUGGUUUACCUGCACAGUAUGAAAAUCAUCCACCGAGACCUGAAGGCGGGAAAUAUCCUGCUCAUGCUGGAUGGAGACAUCAAACUCGCUGAUUUUGGUGUCUCAGCAAAAAACACCAAAACCCUGCAAAGGCGAGGCACCUUCAUUGGGACUCCGUACUGGAUGGCUCCCGAGGUGGUGAUGUGCGAGACCACUAAGGACGCUCCAUACGAUUAUAAAGCAGACAUCUGGUCUUUGGGAAUAACGCUGAUCGAGCUGGCUCAGAUCGAACCUCCGCACCACGAACUCAACCCCAUGAGGGUCCUGCUGAAGAUCGCCAAGUCCGAUCCACCCACCCUGGAUCAGCCGUCCAAAUGGUCGGCUAAUUUUAAGGAUUUCCUGAAAAGAGCGCUGGAUAAAAAUCCUGAGUCACGGCCAUCGGCGUCUCAGCUUCUCGAGCACCCGUUUGUGAGCUCUGUGAAGACGAACCGUCCUCUGAUGGAGCUGGUGGCUGAAGCCAAAGCCGAGGUCAUGGAGGAGAUGGAGGAGGACAGCAACGAGGAAGCGGACGAGGAUGAGAACCACGACAUUACAGUGCCUCCGGCGAAAGAUCCCUCAGAAACGAGUCAGACGAGUUUAGAAGGUGACCACGUUCCACUUCCAGAGAGUCCCAUCGACUCUGAGCCGCUGAAACUGGAAAAAAAGCUCUCCAGCGAGGACCGGGACAAACCCUCCAGCUCCGAUUCGGGGAUCGAGGACGGAAAGAGCACCCCGACAUCAGAGGAAGAAGGAAAAGGGGCGGAGUCUCUGGAUUACGAGUGCGAGUCACCAUCAACGGUGCUUCCUGUCCUCAAAAGGGUCGAGUCUGAAGGUAGAGCUGAGGAUGAGGGCGAGAUACCAAGGCGCCCACUGGUGGAGCGGAGUGGAAGCACAUAUGAAAAACAUGAACAGGAAGCGGACGUUGCGCCUCACGCUAACGGGAGACUGAACAAGCGAGUCUCGGACGCCGGGAGUCUCAUGUCGGAGAGUCUCGACAUCAGCCUGAGCUCCAUGGGGACUAGAGACAGCGGAUCUGGCAGUGCACGCGACUCCCGCGAUUUCAGACGCACUCUGAAGCGCACUCGAAAGUAUGUGGUGGACGGUGUGGAGGUGAGCGUCACUACGUCCAAGAUCAUCGGGGAGGACGAGAAGAAGGACGAGGAGAUGAGAUUCCUCAGGCGACAGGAACUGAGAGAGCUUCGUCUGAUCCAGAAGGAGGAACAUCGUGCUCUGUCUGUUCUUAACACCAAACUGGAGACUCAAAGAGAACUCAUGCAAAGACGCCUCGACCAGGAGAUGAACACGAAGAAGAAGUACUAUGACACAGAGCUGGAAAACCUGGAGAAGCAGCAGAAGCAGAUGAUCGAGAAGAUGGAGAUAGAGCACACCGUGGGUCUGCGGGAUGAGACGAGGCGAAUCCGGCAGGAGCAGGAGAAAGCGCUGUACCGGUUCCUGGAGCAGAUGAAACAGCGCAAGAAGGAGGUGAAAAACGAAGUGGAGAAGUUACCGAGGGCUCAGAGGAAGGACAGUUUAAAGAUCCGCAUGAACGAGUUCCAGCUGCAAAAAACUCAGGAGGAAGAACAAUUCAGAAAAGAUCAGAGUGAUUAUCUGGAGGCGACUGUACAGAGCAUCAUCACUCGCAACAAAACGGAGAUCGCUGAAACGGAGCGCCGCUGCCUCGAGAAGAAACAGCACCUGAUCAGAGAGAAGGAAGGAACGAUCUGGGAGCUGGAGGAGAAGAACCUGCACGAGAGAUGGCAGCUCCUCAAACAGCAGCUGAAGGAACAGUACUUCCUGCAGAGACACCAGCUUCUGAAAAAACACGAGAAGGAACAAGAGCAUAUGACCUGCUAUAACCAGCGUAUGAUCGAGCUGCUGAAGGUGCGACAGCAGCAGGAGAGGAACAGACUGCCCAAGAUCCAGCGCAGUGAAGGAAAGACUCGCAUGGCCAUGUUUAAGAAGAGUCUCCGCAUCAACUCCUCCGGCAACAAUGCAGAGGACCGCGAGAGGAUCAAACAGUUUUCCAGGCAGGAGGAUAAGAGGCAGAAGGCGGAGCGGCUGCACCAGCAACAAAAACAUGACAACCAGAUGAGAGAAAUGAUCGGGCAGUGUGAGAGCAACCUCAGAGAACUCCAGCAACUACAGAAUGAGAAAUGUCACCUGCUGGUGGAGAACGAGACUCAGAGGCUGAAAUCGCUGGACGAGCAUCACAACCAGCUGCUGAAGGAGUGGAGAGCGCAACUGCAACCACGCAAGAAGGCUCUGGAGGAGGAGCUUAACCAAAAGAAGCGUGAGCAGGAGGAUUUCUUCCGAAUGAGCGAGGACAAGGAGUGUCUCAACCGCAGCUCUUCCACCAAAUACACCAAAUUCCUGCCGUACACAGACUCCUCCACCACCUAGGACUCCGCCCACUGGCCACUAUCAGACAGACUUGUGCUCCUCUGUAGCCCCACCCACUCGACCAGGUAGAUCAUUUGUGCGAACAGGAUUAGCACACCCUCAACGUUCCCGUGCGGUAUUAUUAAAAUCUGAAUCUUUUUUUUUUUUUUUUUUUUCGGUAAAUAAUAUAGAAUAAAGAGUGAGGUAUCCUAAUAAGUCAUGGAGGAAGAUACAAGUUCUUAUAUUUUAAAAACUUACGUUAGCUUUUUUUCUAAACGGGUGAAAAAGAAGUACAUUUAAACACAAAACAACAACAACAAAAAGCUUAAUUAAACCACUUUAACUGUAUUUUCACACCAAAGCCAGUAAUCAGGCAUUAUUAUUAUUAUUGUUAUUAUUAAUAGUCAGUAGAAAUUUGUCAAACUUCAAAAUAUUUCUUUUCUGACAAGUCAGAAAAAUAUUUAGUUUCGCCAAAGAAAUGUACAGGAAAAAGCUUAGUUUUUUUUUUCUAUUCUAUUUCCUUUAAUUUUGUUCUGUUUUAUAAAUUAUAAGAAAGCAAAUAUUUAAAACACUUUAACGAAGUUCUUUCUAACAGCGUCACCUUGUACGCAUGUUGUGUAAAUGUUUGUCAGAUCUUUUAGCUAUAAGUGACGGUAAGGUAAAGUGGUACUUUAUUAUUAUUAUAGUCCGUGUUUUCUUACUGUUUUUUUUUUUUCCUGUCACAGAAUUACUGUAAAGCACAACACUGGAUAUAAGCACAAAAAAGACUAACAAUCCACACAAAAUAUUAACAAUUACAGUAAUAAUUUCUUAAAAUAAUAAAGAAGGGCUUUGUGGUGUAUUGUUUACUAAAAAUUGUUAAAUAUUUUCUUUAUUUAAAUGUUACUAAAUUAAAAAUUACUCAAUACAUCAAGAGUUGGAAGAAAAAUCUAACUUAAAGAUAAAAAUAAAAAACAAAUGCAAGAAAAAUAUAUAUAACCCCACCUGUUACAGGUUUUAUCCAACAGCAAUAGAACAAAAAUACAUUAUUAUUGAUAAACAGUUUACUGACUCUUUAAUCACUGACACACAAAGUGCAAUGUGUUUUUCCUAAUGCAAUAUUCUCUACCAAUUAUUUCUAUUAUUUAAAGUGGGGCAGAUAAUCAGGUACAGGUAGGCCUUAUGUUUUCCUUAAUAAACCCACAGGUAACUGAAACCAGUUUAUAUUUAUCUAUCUGUCUGCUGCACUGAUUAUCUUUUGUUUUGGGCCUUUUAAUUUACUGCUAUUUUUAUUUUAACCAAAAGGGUGUAAACUGACCCCUCGCUGUACAGAAAUCUAAUAAAGUCAACUUUAUUAUUUAA